CGCUAGCUAGUUAGCUUAGCUGCAGUGUCUGUUUCAUAAAUAAAAACAAACGUUUUUUACCGAACAUGGCUGUGUAAAGACUGCAUAAAAUGCAUUUGUUGUCAUUUUUCGUUUGACCUCACAUUGCUGAUACAGCCAAAGGAAGCAAAUAUGUUUACAUACAUCUGAGUUAACGUAUUACAAGUUAUUUUGUCUAGCGAGAGCUAACAUAAUACGCUGCUUGAACUGUGUUUAGCAGAUUAGCUGAUAGCAUUCAGCAGCUACAGCAAGCUGGCUGAAAUACAAACGUAAUAAACCUGAAGUAAGAUUACGGAAGUAUGUCUGAUUCAGACAGUGACGAGGACCAAGAUCGCCCUUUUUCUAUAACUGGCUUCCUCUUUGGAAACAUCAACGAAGAUGGGCAGCUAGAGGAUGACAGUGUGCUGGACAAUGAGUCCAAAAAGCAUUUAGCUGGUUUGGGUUCUCUUGGUCUGAGUUCACUCAUUACAGAGAUCACUGCAAAUGAUGAGGAUGAUCAAGAAGAAAGCAGAGAUUCUGGGAAUGUGGAUGAAGAUGGUUGGGUGAAAAGCACAGACGAUGCUGUUGAUUAUUCUGACAUCAGUGAAGUUGCUGAGGAUGAGACAAAGAAAUACCGUCAGGCCAUGGGGUCUUUGCAGCCCGGCAGGCAAUCAGAUGAUGAGGAUGACUAUGAUGCCGAUUGUGAGGAUAUUGAUUCUAAGCUUAUGCCUCCUCCGCCACCACCAAUUCUGCCUACCGCUGUAAAGAAAGAGGAACCCGCCACUCAGAGCCCAACUGUUGGGGAAGAGGGUGAUGGCAUCAUCUUGCCCUCCAUCAUCGCACCAUCCUCUAACGCCGAUAAGGUCGACUUCAGCAGCUCCUCAGACUCUGAGUCAGAAACUGACCGUCCCUGCGAUGGCUCGGGGGCUGGAGGCCCCCCAGACAGUCUCACCCUCCCCCUUGCUGGCAUCAUGCAGAAAGAUGCUGCCAAAGCACUGCCAGGUGUCACAGAGCUCUUCCCAGAGUUCAGGCCUGGAAGGGUGCUUAGGUUCUUACGGCUCUUUGGUCCUGGAAAGAACAUGCCAUCAGUUUGGAGGAGCGCUCGCAGGAAGAAGAAGCGGAAGCACCGGGACCCUCAGCCUGGGACGCCUCCGCCAGAAGGAGAGCCCACAGAGCAAAGCCCAGAUAAAAAGUCUGGAUGGCUUUACGAGUAUGCGCCGCCUCCACCACCGGAGCAAUGUCUCUCUGACGAUGAGAUAACAAUGAUGGCUCCGGUAGAAUCCAAGUUUUCCCAGACGUGUGGUGACGGGGACAAGGAGACAGAGUCUAGACCUAAAGUAGCAGAAUGGAGAUACGGUCCGGCUCAGCUCUGGUAUGACAUGCUCGGCGUGCCUGAGGAUGGAAGCUAUUUCAACUACGGCUUCAAGCUAAAAGAAGAGCAGACCAGUGAGCAUCAGGAGCAGAGCAACCCUAAAGAAAUACAAGAGAGAGCUCAUGAGAUUCUGAGGCGAGAAGAGGACGACAAUAAUGAAAAUAAUGGAGGAGAUAAGGAGAUUUCGGACCUAGAGAAUGAGCUCUUCCUGAUGGUUACUCAACUGAAAUGGGAGGAAGAUAUUAUCUGGAAUGGGGAGGAUGUAAAACACAAGGGCACAAAGACUCAGAGAGCUAGCCUGGCUGGAUGGCUGCCCUCUAGCAUGACCCGCAAUGCCAACGCUUACAACGCGCAGCAGGGUCUGACGAGAAGUAAUUCCCUGUUGGUGCCACCCACGCCUCCCCCGAUGCCAAAAAUGCCUUCACUCACUGGCUCUAAGCGGGAGAAAAACAGCCAUGACCAUCAUACCUCUCACGAAGAAGGCUCUCCCUGGUUCUCCAUCUUCCCCAUUGACAGCGAGGAGUUGGUGUAUGGACACUGGGAAGAAAAUAUUAUCUGGGAUGACCAGGAGAUGGAUCACCUGCUCAUGCCACCUGUUCUUACACUGGACCCCAAUGAUGAGAAUAUCAUCCUAGAAAUGCCAAAUGAAAAGGAGGAGAUGACUUCCCACUCCCCGUCAAAAGAAAAUAAGAAGGAAACUGCAAUCAAAAAGAGCCGCAUCCUGCUGGGGAAGACGGGGGUGAUAAAAGAUGAGCCACAGCAGAACAUGUCCCAGCCUGAAGUGAAGGACCCCUGGAACCUCUCCAAUGAUGAGUGGUACUAUCCCAAACAGCAGGGCCUGAGAGGGACGUUCGGUGGAAACAUCAUUCAGCACUCCAUCCCGGCCCUGGAGCUGAGGCAGCCCUUCUUCCCCACUCACAUGGGGCCCAUGAAGCUGCGGCAGUUCCAUCGACCCAAUCUGAAGAAAUACUCGUUUGGAGCUUUGGCUCAGCCAGGUCCUCACGCUGUGCAGCCGCUGCUCAAACACAUUAAGAAGAAGGCAAAGAUGCGAGAGCAGGAGCGACAGGCAGCCGGAGGAGGAGACAUGUUCUUCAUGCGAACCCCGCAGGAUCUGACGGGUAAAGAUGGAGAUCUGAUCCUUGCAGAGUACAGUGAAGAGUACCCUCCUCUCAUCAUGCAAGUCGGCUUGGCCACUAAGAUCAAAAACUACUACAAGAGGAAACCUGGAAAAGAUCCUGGAGCCCCCGACUGUAAAUAUGGAGAGACCGUGUACUGCCACACAUCCCCUUUCCUGGGUUCCCUCCAUCCUGGACAGCUCCUGCCGGCUUUUGAGAACAACCUCUUCCGUGCUCCUAUCUACCUGCAUAAAAUGCCCGAGACAGACUUCUUGGUUCUGAGAACUCGACACGGCCUCUACAUUAGAGAGAUCGUGGACAUAUUUGUUGUUGGUCAGCAGUGCCCCUUAUUUGAGGUUCAAGGCCCCAACUCCAAGCGAGCAAACACUCACAUCAGAGACUUCCUCCAGGUGUUUAUUUACCGCCUGUUCUGGAAGAGCAAGGACCGGCCACGGAGAAUCCGCAUGGAGGAUAUAAAGAAAGCGUUUCCUUCACACUCCGAGAGCAGCAUCAGGAAACGGCUGAAGCUGUGUGCCGACUUCAAACGUACAGGGAUGGACUCUAACUGGUGGGUGCUGAAGCCGGACUUCAGAUUGCCCACGGAGGAAGAGAUCAGGGCCAUGGUGUCUCCAGAGCAGUGCUGCGCUUACUACAGCAUGCUGGUGGCAGAGCAGAGACUCAAGGAUGCUGGUUAUGGUGAGAAAUCCUUCUUUGCUCCAGACGAGGAGAACGAAGAGGACUUUCAAAUGAAGAUUGAUGAUGAGGUGCGAACAGCUCCUUGGAACACAACAAGAGCCUUCAUUUCUGCCAUGAAGGGGAAAUGUCUGCUGGAAGUGUCGGGCGUGGCCGAUCCUACAGGCUGUGGAGAGGGCUUCUCUUACGUCAAAGUGCCCAACAAGCCCACCCAACAGAAGGAUGACAAAGAGCCAACGCCUGCCAAGAAGACAGUGACGGGGACGGAUGCUGAUUUGAGGAGACUCUCGCUGAAGAAUGCCAAGCAGCUGCUGCGCAAGUUUGGAGUUCCAGAGGAAGAGAUCAAGAAGCUCUCGCGCUGGGAGGUGAUUGACGUGGUGAGGACGAUGUCCACAGAGCAGGCGCGUUCAGGCGAGGGACCCAUGAGCAAGUUCGCCAGAGGGUCUCGUUUCUCGGUUGCUGAACACCAGGAACGCUACAAGGAAGAAUGCCAGAGAAUCUUUGACCUGCAGAACAAAGUGUUAGAGUCGACAGAGGUGCUCUCUACAGACACAGACAGCAGCUCAGCGGAGGACAGUGACUUCGAGGAGAUGGGGAAGAACAUCGAGAACAUGCUGCAGAACAAGAAGACCAGCUCCCAGCUUUCCCGUGAGAGGGAGGAGCAGGAGAGGAAGGAGCUGCAGAGGAUGCUGAUGGGGGAGGAGAACGAUCGUGAUCACAAGGGACGAAAGGAGCGCCGUAAAGGCUUGUCCAGCUCCUUAUCCACCGGCUCCCACAAGGACGACGACACGUCCUCCGUCACCAGCCUGAACUCCUCGGCCACAGGGCGGAGACUCAAGAUAUACCGCACCUUCUGCGAUGAAGACGGCAAGGAAUAUGUCCGCUGCGAGACGGUGCGUAAGGCCUCUGUCAUCGACGCCUACACCAGGAUCAGAACCACCAAGGACGAGGAUUUCAUAAAAAAAUUUGCCGUCUUCGAUGAGCAGCACAGAGAAGAGAUGAGGAAGGAGAGGCGGCGUAUUCAAGAGCAGCUGAGGAGGCUGAAGAGAAACCAGGAAAAAGACAAGAUCAAGGGGCCUCCAGAGAAGAAGGCCAAGAAAGUCAAAGAGAGGCCGGACCUCAAGGUCAAAUUAAAGUGUGGAGCAUGUGGAGCCAUCGGACACAUGAGGACCAACAAGUUCUGCCCGCUGUACUAUCAGACCAACGCACCGCCUUCCAACCCUGUUGCCAUGACAGAGGAGCAGGAGGAGGAGCUGGAAAAGACCGUCAUCCACAACGACAACGAGGAACUGAUCAAGGUGGAGGGCACCAAAAUCGUGCUCGGCAAACAGCUCAUCGAGAGUGCUGAUGAGGUGCGCAGAAAGUCUUUAGUGCUUAAGUUCCCCAAACAGCAGCUCCCACAAAAGAAGAAGAGACGCGUAGGCAACGCCGUGCACUGUGACUACCUUAAUAAACCACACAAGGCCAUCCACCGCAGACGCACUGACCCCAUGGUGACCUUGUCGUCUGUGCUGGAGAGCAUCAUCAAUGACAUGCGGGACCACCCUAAUACGUAUCCAUUCCACACACCAGUGAAUGCAAAGGUUGUGAAGGAUUACUAUAAGAUCAUCACACGGCCCAUGGACCUGCAGACACUGAGGGAGAAUGUACGCAAGAGACUGUACCCGUCAAGGGAAGAGUUCCGUGAAGCCGUGGAAGUUAUCGUCAAAAACAGCGCCACCUACAACGGCGCAAAACAUCCCAUAACGCAGGUGGCCCAGUCCAUGCUGGACUUGUGUGAUGCUAAACUGAAAGAGAAGGAGGACAGGCUGGUGAGGCUGGAGAAAGCCAUCAACCCGUUGCUGGAUGAUGACGAUCAGGUGGCCUUCUCCUUCAUCCUGGACAACAUUGUGACCCAGAAAAUGAUGGUUGUUCCCGACUCAUGGCCAUUCCACCAUCCUGUCAACAAAAAGUUUGUGCCCGAUUAUUACAAAGUCAUCGUAUGCCCCAUGGAUCUGGAGAACAUCCGCAAGAACAUUUCCAAACACAAAUACCAGAACCGGGAUGUGUUCCUUUCCGACGUCAGUCUCAUCCACGCCAACAGUAUCAAGUAUAAUGGCGCAGAGAGUCCUUACACUAGGACUGCUCUGGAUAUUAUCAGUGUGUGCAAGCAAACCUUGGCAGAGUACGAUGAGCACCUGACGCAGCUGGAGAAAGACAUCUCUACAGCUAAAGAGGCGGCGCUGGAUGCAGCUGACCUGGAGUGUCUGGACCCGAUGACCCCCGGGCCGUACACACCGCAGCCUGCUGAUCUGUUUGACAGCGGGGCGUCAGGGAGUCUGCCCAGAGACACCAGCAGCCUGUUCUCUGAGGGACCGCUAGUGGUUGCUCCAGAGAAGAGAGGGGGGCAGGGUCGCCAUGGCAGAAGACCCGGGGAGGAAGAGUCAGAUGUGGACAUUGAAGGCUUUGAGGAGGAAGAUGAUGGCAAACCCAAAACUCCUGCUCCUGCCGAGGACGCAGACGGCGAUCUCGAGGACGACGAUGACGAAGAGGACAUGUUGCUGCCGCCUCGCAGACGGUUGCUUGACCGUGAAGAUGAGGAGGAGGAGGAGGAAGACGAUGGACUGUCUAACCGGCCGGCACAAGCCAGCGUGCUGUACCAGGACCUGUUAAUGUCUGACGGAGAGGACGAUGCCAGCGAAGAGGAGGGCGACAACCCCUUCUCCUCCAUACAGCUGUCGGAGAGUGGCAGUGACUCUGACAGAGGGGUGUACGUGCGACCUGCUCCUCCACGAAGAACUCUCCACGAGAGCAUGAUGUCAUAUGAAGGGGACGUGCCUGAUGUGCCUCACAUGGAAGACAGCAACGUCAGCUACGGCAGCUAUGAGGAGCCAGAGAGCCGGAGCCAGUUGCAGCCCUCCAGCAUGGUACACGGAGAAGAAUACGGCAUCAGCGAAGAGGAGGAGGAAGACGAAGAAGAUGAAGCACGGAGGCGAGGCCCAGCUGUGCUCUCCAUGGUCCAGCUCAGUGAAGACGAGGAGAGCGAAGAAUUCAGAUCAAUAGGAGGAGACAGCGACAUGGACUCUGACAACUAGUGACAUUUUAUUUUCUCCUGACCCGCAGUAUUUGGAAAACAUUGUUUAUAAUCACAGUUUUAUGUGGAGGAAAUCCGAUGUUGUAAAUACAAAUUUUGUAAAUGAUGGUUAUUGUUUGUAGCUUCCUCCAGCCUUUUUAUAUGUUGUAUCUUGACAUCUGUGUGUACAUUUGUUAUGCACACACAGUUAUACCGUCAAUCAUAUACCGUGCUGUCAAAUAAUCUAGAAGCUGCUUUUCUAUCCCACUUCCUGAUUAAAAAAAAAUAGAAUAAACACACUGAAGGUUAUCAGACAGCUCUUUGAAAAACACAAAUGAAGGUACUACUAACAGACAUUAGGCUCAGAUCAGCAAACAUUUUAUUCUUCCUCUGUUGAAAAUGUAGUAUUCUGAUAGUUUUAACUCUCCAAGUGCUAAUAACUUAUCAAGCUUUGUGAAAUAAAGUGGUUUGAAUCUGGUUUUAAAAAACCCCAAAACA